UUUUAUUUGGGUUAUUUUCUGCCAGAAACUCAGGUCGUUGCACAAGAGAUUUUCCUAUUUAGGUUAAAGUUAAAGUUGAGGAGUAUUUUAGUGUUUUUCCAUCAAAUAACUAAAGAUGAGUUACCAACUAUACCGUAGCACGACACUGGGAAAUAGUUUGCAAGAAUCGUUGGAUGAACUCAUUCAAAGUCAACAAAUAACGCCACAACUUGCGUUAAGGGUUCUGCUGGAGUUCGACAAAGCUAUCAACCAUGGUUUGUCGUCGAGAGUGCGGAACCGCGUUACUUUCAGAGGUGAUUUGAACACUUAUAGAUUCUGUGACAAUGUUUGGACGUUUGUGUUAAAAAACACUGAGUUCACCGACUGCCUUGUGAAAGUGAAAGUUGAUAAAGUGAAGAUUGUCGCUUGUGAUGGGAGGAACCCUGGUGCCAAGGAUGAAUGAAGUCAUCAUGUUGAUAUAACUUCGUGUUUAUUGUUAAAGAAGUGUCGCGUUGCCUGAAAUUAUGCCAGAAUUUGGGGUGACAUGCCAACCUAGGCACCCCUAAAGCAUCGCCUAUAAACGAAUGUAAAUGUGCCCCAACACAUCAUAAAUACGAUUGUUAUGUCAUAUUGUGAAAUAUUGUUUUGCAAACCAUGUUCUGUUAACAAACUAAAUCAUCAUUUAUGUUUAUCGUGGCUGUUAAUAUUUUGUGCAG